AUGAACCCCUUCCCGUGGUUCCCGCCGCCCGGGUUCCCCCCCCCGCCGCCGCCCUUCUGCCCGCCCGCCUGGGACCCCGGCUUCUGGGCCCCUCCCGGCACCUUCCCGCCGCCCGGACGCUACCCGCCUCCCGACAGCUACUCGCAGCCCAUCGACAGCCGCCCGCCUGCCGAGGGCUGCCCGCCAGACGACAGCUACUCGCAGCCAGAGAGUUACGUGCCACCCGCUGCCUGGUACCCCCCGGCCUACAGAGAGCAACGGCAAGGCCCGCACGCUGGUGGAAAUGGCAAUUUCUCCCAGAAAUGGCAAGGCGAGCAAGGGCCUGGGUUUGGUAAACGCUAUCCAGAAGAAAAUAACAAGCCAAAGCAGACCAAAAAGAAAAAAGAGCCUGUCUUCACUCAUUAUUGUGAUACCUGUGACCGUGGCUAUAAAAACCAGGAGAAGUAUGAUGAACAUGUUUCACAACAUAAACAGUGCACAGAAGAAGGUUGCAAUUUCAGCGCACACGAGAAGAUAGUUCAGAUACACUGGAAGAAUGCACAUGCACCUGGUGCUAAAAGAAUAAAAUUAGAUAGUCCAGAAGAGAUUGCUAGAUGGAGAGAAGAAAGAAAAAAAAAUUUUCCUACAUCGGCAAACAUUGAAAGGAAGAAGGCAAUGCAGAUGCAGAAGGAAGAAAGGGGAGAAGUGCUGACUACCCAGCAGUUUGGCAAAAUGAAGGGGAUGUGGAAACCUUCAGGAAAUGAGGAGAGGCUUGGGCAGCAAGGAAGACAGAAGAGAAGACAAAGGCGCCCGUUCUGGAAGAAAUUUAGGAAAAAUGGUGGUGAUUAUAAUGUACCUAAAACUCAAAAUGAAGCAGAUGGACUGGAAAACGGCGUGUGUGAAAAGGAACGUGAAAACCAGCACGCUUUGGCAUCUCAGCCAUACGUGAGGGACGUAGACCCUCUUGGUCUUCUGGCAAACAGUGAUGUCGAAUCUGACAAGGAUGAAGCAGCAGCUGAAGAUGGGAGGCUGGGUUUGACUGUUGUACCCAAGCAGGUCACCUCUGCCCUGAGUUCAUUGUCAGCCAACUAUGGCAGUGCAUCUGACAGCGAGUCUGAAGAAAUCCCUGUCAAGACUGCAACAAAAGCUGAGAAAAACCAGCCUGCGCUCAAAAAUACGCCUCAAACUACUUAUGUUCCUUGGAGCCGAAAUCCGAAGCAAAAACGUCCAGAAUAUGCAGGCACGAUGUUGAGAAACUCAAAUUUAAAUGCACGUCCCCCCAGAGGGCCUGAUAACUGGGGCAAGAGAACAUUACCUCUCCUUCCGAAGCGCCGUCCAACUCUGCUGGAAAUGUUACUGGCCCAGGACAUCCGACACGAAAGGAAUGUGAUUUUGCAGUGUGUUCGAUACCUCAUCCAGAAUAACGUAUUUGGACUUCGCUUUAAAACAGAACCACAAGCUGAAACAGAACCACAAGCUGAAACAGAGGCUGUACGGCCCUCUACAACAGCUAUGGCAGAGUCUUUGACAGACAAACUCAAUGAAUCUAAUUGUUCUUGUAGCUCUGACCUUCAGUUAGCAGGAGGAAGAGAAGAUGCAUUAUUAAUAGCCCAGGGUGAGAAAGCACCCGAGGAUCAGACUUCGCAGAUGGCUCACUUGGCAGAUGAGGACACGUGGGAAACCCCAUCAAUUCAGUGUGAAGAAGUACUGUAGAUGAUGUCUGUUGUGGACGGUAAAGCGAAGGCUCAUGUUUUCUACCUGACUGAUGCUUUUUGAAAAACAUCAGUAUAACAAAAUGAUCAUUAAAUUACAUACUGAGAACUGUUAAAACCACUUUUCUGGUCUGUUCUGCCUGAGGUAGCCAUUUCCUUGUGAAAACAUCAUCUGUUUUGAGUAAUUGCAUUUCCCCAUGGCAGAAACGCAGCAGUGGCACAGAGUAGGACCUUGCCUAGAGUAGGUGCAGAUCCCCACUUCUGAGCUUCAGAGCUCUGAAUGUUUUACCUGUUUAUGAAGUGUGUGUCAGUCCAUCACCAGAGCCAAGUAAUGCUGUGGUAGGGUGGAUCUUCCUCGUGGGAAAUUGUGGUCUGGUGUCUCUGGGAGUAUCCGAGUGUCCAGAAUUAUUUCAAUGUACUUCUGAAGUUUUAAUUCAUUGCACAUUUUGUUUUUCCCGGCUGUUAUUGAUGCAAUAUAUCCAAUACAAAUGUAGUAUAUCCAGUAUACAGGGAAGAAAUGAAAUGGAAGAUGUAAUUGACCCGGCUCUAAAAGCAGUGCUUGCAGUAGGAGACUCUUCCUCUCUGAACCAAUUUAACCAAGCAGAGCAUUGGAAAUGAGGGUGCAGACUGAUGCAAGAAGCAUUUGUUGUUUUUUUUUUUUUUUUAACAAAUAAAUAAACCCAAAAAAGAUAUGACUGUUAGCUGCUUGCAUCAGUUCUAGGUUGCUAGUUGACCUCAGGUACCCAAUAUUAAGCCUUAACUGCUGUUACAGUCAUUGCCUGACAAAUCUAACUCUUGAAGCAAAAUCUUAGUAUUAAGAAUAUUAUUAGAGUUUAGAAAGUUUACCAGGAGUUACUGAUUUGACCCUUUUUCAUAUGCACUGGGAGUUUAUUAGUUGGCCUAUUGGAAGAAUGUCUUCCUUGGUGCAUUGUUACAAUGCUCCUACAACAUUCAGUGGUCUGUUCUGUUUGUCAUAGAUCUGUUGUGUACAUCCAUAGUGUCGUGAACAUAAAAGCAUCAGCCAAGGUUUAGAAACAAGUUUAGCCUUUUGAUUACAUUGUGCAUUUGUUUGUCAGAAUGCUUCUUGUCAAGGGCAGGUGUUAAGUUUGUCACAUUGACACUGAAAACAUGCCACGAAAAUCAUCGUUACCAAAAUCUCCACUUCAGAGUCUGCUCUUUGUCUUUUAAUCAUGGUUAAAUUUGAGAGUUAAAUCUCGGGGAUUGCUUUUAUUUUUAUUUUCUUGUUCUUUGAUGGAAGUCCAGCUUUCCAUUUCACCAUCUAAAAUAGGGAGACUCACAUGGAGGGGGUUUUUUUUGUUGUUGCUUAAUAACUGUAAUUUCUUUCCUCUAAUUCCUUAACUUGUGCCAUACAUCUCAUUUGUGGUGCACAGAAAACAAGAAAUAGUUGAAAAUUCUGUCCCACUGCUCUGCUAUUUAUAGCUACGACUGCAUAUUGUGUUUGUAAUUCACUAUCUAAAUUUAUGGAAUUAUAUAAAUAUCAACACCCUUGUAAAAGUUGUGUGUCUCAGGAAUAUAUGUGCAGAAUAGAAGCAGUGAUCACAAACAUUUAUAUUUCCAAGGCAGAUGAUUCAUUCUUCCCAUAAUAAUCCCACAAGCCAUCUCAAUUGCACUGACUUGCUUAUGGCACUUACAGUUUUACUCUGAUGAAAAUACCAGAGUAAAAAUACCAGCAAAGGACUGUAAGCUACAGAGGUCUGGCACUCGGGCAGAACCUGAUUUCAGAGUGGAGUGGUACUGGUGCUGUUGAAAGCAUGGGUAACAGCUUCAGGAAAAAGAAAUGGAUGUCUUAGGAUUGCUACUAAAUUGCACUUUAAACGCCUCUUAACAUGCUUCUGUCCCUAUCAAGUUGAUGGCAGAGCUUUCUUUGACUGUACACUCUUAGCUUUCGUUUAAAAAAAAAAAAAAAAAAAGCCCAAAAUCCCUUGAAUCUGAAUUCUUUAUACUGUUGUCAUUAUGGACUUAAGAAUAUUAAACUUUCACAAAAACCCAAAA